AAGAAUAUGAUAAGUGUUAGCGUUAACAAUUGCCAUGACGAUUUCUCACAUUAAUCGAUAUAGAAUAAAUAAAAAAGAAAAUCGGUACGUGGAUUUAAAUGUUUUCAUAUCUGCCCAUUAUUCAUAUAAUACCAACGUUAUUUGCUAAAUAUUAAAUAAUAACAAGAUAGCUUUUAUAUGAGUUAAUUUUGAAAUUUAGUUAAAUCUUUGAAUUUUAUCAAAGAAGUUACGUAUUAUGUGUACAGCACUCUGUAAUCGGCACUGCACCGUUUGACAGCUCUGCACUGAGUUAGUCUACAGAAAUUAUUGAGUUAUUGACAAACAGAAAAUAGACUGAAACACCGGCGUCGGGUUGAGCCUGAAACAUCAACAGUAUAAACUUAAACGUUUAUUAUUAUUUUUUUUAAUUAAUACCAUUAAGAGAAAUUCAAAUGAUUCGUGAAGAAUGUGACUUUCAUAAAUAUGUGACAACUACUUACGAUCCCAUAAAAAUUGGAUCUAUAGAUGGUACAGAUACUGAACCACACGAUCGUGCUAUUUUAAGAGCUUUACAAUCAGAGUAUGUCCCUAAUAAACAAGUCAAGGGAGACCCUGAUCAUACUAUUUUUAUUGCACGUCUUAACCCAAGAACAACACAAGACACAGUUUUAACAGAGUUCUCAAAAUUCGGAAAAGUAAUUAAUUGUCGCUUGGUUAGAGACAUAGUUACUGGUAAAUCUAAACAAUAUGCUUUUGUAGAGUAUGAAAGUAUAUCAACCUUGGAUCGAGUGUUACGCGAGAUGCAUAAAGAAUAUAUAGAUGGCAGUGAGAUUAUAGUUGAGAGAGAGGCCGAGAGAAGACUAAAAGGUUGGCGACCGAGGAGGCUUGGUGGGGGCUUUGGAGGACGAAAAGAAUCUGGCCAGUUAAGGUUUGGCUGCAGAGACAGACCAUUUAGAAAACCCAUAUUAAUCAAUCAAAAAUGAUUUAAAUGUGAAGUGGUGAAAUUUAGAAUAAUAUAUAAUUAAAAUAUACAUGUUUCCAAAAAUAAAAUGUGUACACCCUUA